AGCUGGCUUUGCCUUUUGUGCAAGGAGCAGUCCCGCAGCUGGUUCCCUUUAAUUGUGAAACCUCCGAGGUUUAACCCGCUGUUUGAUGUAGGGCAAGGCCAGCGAUAAGCCAAGGCAAGAGCCUGACUCUGUCCGAGAGGCUGACAUCAUUAGCCUGUUUGUUUAAGAUGGAAUUUAAUCAUGGGGAUAUUUUCCCCUUGAUACUUGCCUUGUUUAUUAUUUCCCCUGAUUGCCAGCACUUUCGCUCAGCAGGGAAAUUCAUUAAGGCGCUGGGAUAGAGCCGGCUGCUCCAGGCUGGCUGGUGGCAGGGAAGCGAUGGAGCCCAGACAGAAACCAAGAGGGGCUUCUUGCCCCAGAACCUGGCGGGGUUCUCACCCUUCACAUGCCUGUUGCUGAACCUCGACCUGGGCCACACGAUGGAAACUGGCAAUGGAGAGCAGAGCUGUGGGGCUGGGAGCUGGGAAAGGCUGGGUAUGAUGGGAACCUGCCCAGCAACGGGAGCGGGAGGCAGAGACAAGGCUCCUGCAGCCUGACGUGGGAAAAGCAGGGAAUGACCGGUUAUCAGAUGGGCUCCCAGUAUGGGCAUCGGGACUGGGAAAGAGCCUGGGACACUGCUCAGUGUUGGCCUGCACCAAUCCUCUGAGAGAAUCCAAUGAUCCAGAGAUGAACCAGGCCAGGCCUCGCUACGUCAUCGAGCGUCCUGCCUAUUCCCUCAGCCUCUUCGAUGAGGAGUUUGAGAAGAAAAGCAGAACUUACCCCGUUGGGGACAAGCUGAGGAGCCUCUUCAGGUGUUCAGCAUCCAGACUCAAGCUCAUCCUCUUCAGCCUCUUCCCCAUCCUCGUGUGGCUUCCCAAGUAUAAAAUCAAGGAGUACAUCCUGCCUGAUGUUCUCGGAGGGGUCAGCGCGGGGACGAUCCAGGUGCCGCAAGGGAUGGCCUUUGCACUCCUGGCCAAUCUGCCUCCUGUCAAUGGGCUCUACUCCUCCUUCUUCCCGCUGGUAACAUACCUCUUCCUUGGGGGCAUCCAUCAGAUGGUCCCAGGUACGUUUGCAGUCAUCAGCAUUAUUGUUGGCAACGUCUGCAAUGAGCUGGCUCCGGAGUCGGACUUCCAGUACUUCAACCACACCAGUAAUGAGACCAGUGUGAACACCACAGCCCUGGAGGCAGCCAGGCUCGAGAUCUCGGCCACCUUGGCCUGCCUCACCGCCAUCAUCCAACUGUGCCUGGGAUUCGUGCAGUUCGGCUUUGUUGCCAUCUACCUCUCCGAGUCCUUCAUCAGGGGCUUCAUGACAGCAGCAGGGCUGCAGAUCCUCAUCUCCGUGCUCAAGUACGUCUUCGGCUUGACAGUCCCGUCUUACACCGGGCCCUUAGCUAUCGUCUAUACAUUCAUUGACAUUUGUAAAGGUCUGCCCCAAACCAACGUCGCCUCCCUGGUCUAUGCCUUGGUCAGUGCUGUGCUCCUGAUCAUUGUCAAGGAGCUCAACCUGAAGUACAUGAAGAAGAUCCGGAUGCCCAUCCCCAUGGAGAUCAUCAUUGUAAUAGUUGCCACUGCCAUCUCUGGCAGCUUUAACAUGCCUGAGAAGUACGGCAUGCCCGUUGUUGGGAAGAUCAGCAUGGGGUUCCCAGCACCAACGCUGCCCCUGGUGCACAAGUGGAAGGACAUGAUCGGCACCGCCUUCUCCCUCGCCAUCGUGAGCUACGUGAUCAACCUGGCCAUGGGGAGGACGCUGGCAGCCAAGCACGGCUACGACGUGGACCCCAACCAGGAAAUGCUGGCCCUGGGCUGCAGCAAUUUCUUUGGCUCCUUCUUCAAAAUCCACGUGAUCUGCUGCGCCCUCUCCGUCACUCUCGCCGUGGAUGGGGCAGGAGGGAAGUCACAAGUGGCAAGCUUCUUUGUGGCCAUGGUGGUGAUGGUGACCAUGCUGGCGCUGGGCAUCUACCUCGAGCCCCUUCCAAAGUCUGUGCUGGGAGCCCUCAUCGCAGUGAACCUCAAGAACUCCCUCAAGCAGCUGGCGGAUCCCUUCUACCUGUGGAGGAAGAGCAGGCUGGACUGCCUGGUCUGGCUGGUGAGCUUCCUGUCCGCCUUCUUCCUGAGCCUUCCCUACGGAGUCGCUGUGGGCGUGGGAUUUUCCGUGCUGGUCGUGGUUUUCCAUACCCAGUUCCGAAACGGCUCUGCCCUGGGCCAGAUCACUUCCACUGACAUCUACAAGAACCCGAAAGCCUACAGCAAGGUGCAUGAACUUAGUGGCAUUAAAAUCGUGACCUACUGCUCCCCACUGUAUUUUGCCAACUCAGAGAUCUUCCGGGAGAAGAUCAUAGCCAAGACAGGGGUGGAUCCUGGCAAAGUGUACCUGGCCAGGAGGAAGUACGUGAAGCGGCAGGAGAAGGGCACAGCACAGCCACCACCAAACCUACCCAAACUCCUGCUGCGGCAGAACAAGACCUUGUCCUUGCAAGAGCUCCAGAAGGACUUUGAAGGCAGCUCUCCAACAGACACCAACAACAACCAGACGACCGCUAACGGGGCCAGCAUCUCCUACGUGACCUUCCAGCCCGCAGCCCCCAGCGGCGCUGGCUCCAGUGAGCUGGGCAGCACUAGUACUGCACAAGGAAGCACUGUCCUGCCUGCAGCAGAGCUGGACCCUGUGAUGACAGCACCGCCCUACCUCAGCUUCCACACCAUCAUCCUGGACAUGAGCGGAGUGUGUUUUGUUGACCUCAUGGGCACAAAGGCGCUGGGCAAGUUGUGUUCCAGUUACCAGAAGAUCGGGAUUAAAGUGUUCUUGGCAAACGUGCAGGCCCAGGUUUACAAUGACAUUAGCACAGGCGGAGUCUUUGAGGAAGGAGGCCUGGACCGAAGCCACCUCUUCCUGACAAUCCAUGAUGCCGUCCUGUUUGCACUGGCAGAUACCAAAGCAGUUGUCCGCCCACCCAGCUUAGAAGAGAGGCCAGACCAGACCGAGCUCUCCAUCUAUGAUGAGUCUGCGGAUGAAGGCAGCACAGAGUUCAAGAACCUGGAGGAGGAGAUGUUUGGCAGCAUGUUCCACUCAGAGACCCAGACAGCUCUGUGAGCACACAGGGAGCCUCAGCACAAGGCAAACCCUCCCAAAGAGCCUCCUCUCUCCCAUCCCCUCGUGAAGAGCUGCACUUCUACCGGGGGGACACAAGAAGUUUGCAAAGCAAGAGGCCAUCACCCCUCUUGAACCGGUACAUUCCUCCCUCCAUCCUGCUCUACUUCUGC